ACAGUGCUUUGUUGGAAAAGUUUUUGUUUUGUUUAUUCUCCUGGUGUUGUAAAUAGAUAAAGAAUGCCUGAGAGUAUUUAACUGUCACCUGAAAAUCAUGGACGAUGGCACAUGGUCGAGGACCACUGGAUCCGUGGUUCUCCAAGUGGGCGCCUUAGAGCUACUGGCUCGAUACUCAAUGAACUCAGGCAGAGCGACUAGCGUUCUAUCAUCUCUACACGAGUUCAGGAGCCAAGAGUCCGAGCAAAAUGGUGGGAAGCAAUGGAAUUGGAAGUAUUUGAGGGAUCAAUUUUAUCAAAAGGAUCUGGAAGGCCUAUACCGGAAAUACGACGAAAAAUUAAGAGAAACACUAAUUUAUAUAUACGUUUCACUUCUCGUACUUUUUUCAACGGUUCACAUAAUUUUAGUUAUAGCUUAUACCUACAAUGAGCAAAUACAGUGGCCGUCGACCUACUUAUCGAUGGCUAUGUAUAUCCUAAGAAUAGCAUUGCCAUCUUUGUCGUUCUGCAAAUGCGUCUACAAACCUCUGAAGAAACGAUGGUUUUGGAUACCAAUACUUGUAACAUUCGUUCUCACGGCAGACCUUGUAAUGUCAGAUAUAGCCGUCGCCAUUUUCUCCUCCUUUGAAGGUAUGCUCCUGCGGCCGGCAUAUUCAACCACGGCCUUACUAUCGGUGUACAUAUUUCUGCCAAUGAGGAACAACUUUCUGGCGAUUAUCCUAGGCGUGCUGGUUAGCGUUGUAUACACUUUCGUGUUUGCAUUCUUCACGUAUUAUGAAAACCCCAACGUCGGGAUAGUGGUAGCGUGUGAGGUUAUCUACCUAAUUGGCGUCAACCUUAUGGGAGUUUACUUCAGAUUGAUGAACGAGAUAGUCACGCGACGGUCUUUCUUGGACAGACGCGCCUGUGUGGAAAGUACAUUGCGUUUGAAAUUUGUUAAGGAUCAAGAGGAGCGUCUUAUGUUAAGCAUUCUACCGGAACACAUCGUUUCAAGAGUGCGCCAUGAUAUACGCAACAUGUUUCUUAAUAUAAGGUCACCCAGCCAGAGCCACACUAUGAGAUCAUUUAGCCAACUCUACGUGGAAGAACAUGAAAAUGUAAGCAUUUUAUAUGCAGACGUCGUGAACUACACAAAAAUAUCUACAACUUUAUCACCUUUGAGAAUGGUGGAGCUACUAAAUGAAUUAUUUGGCCGGUUCGAUGAAGCCUCUGAAGAACAUGACGUGCUACGUAUAAAAUUUUUAGGCGACUGCUAUUAUUGCGUGAGCGGUAUACCCAAGCCCACUGAGCAACAUGCCAAAAACUGCGUAGAUCUGGGACUUGAGAUGAUCCACAUAAUUAAAAAUGUCAGAGAGAAGCGCGCCCUGAAUAUUGAUAUGAGGAUCGGUGUGCAUUCAGGUAAAAUAUUAAGCGGUUUGAUCGGCAUUCGAAAGUGGCAAUUCGAUAUUUGGUCGAAAGACGUCACUAUUGCAAAUAAAAUGGAAUCUACUGGAAAGGCGGGGAAAGUGCACAUUACCAAACAAACAUUAGAUCUGCUGUUAGACUAUGCAAGAGAAUACAUUAUAGAGCCGAACUUUGUGUCCCAAAACGAUCCAUUCAUAAUGAAGAAUAAGCUACAAACAUUUCUACUCUCGAGACCGCAAAAGCCACUUAUCGACUACAAGCCGUAUCGACGAGCUUCUGUUGGAUUUAAUAAAAUAAUUCCGACUCGUCGUGGUAGACGAUCGGAAAAUAGAAAUUCAUCAUCUAUUCGUAGAACAACCGCCUUCAUGGAUGAGAAUUUAGUUGAAUACCAACAAAUGCUUAAGGCAGCCGAUGCACAGAUGGCUAAGGAAAUAGAAGACAUGAGCAAUGGAAAGGAUAAUUUCAAACAGGAAUCUCGACUUAACAGAUUUACGCUUAUGUAUAAAAAUUUUAAACUGGAGAAAUCUUUUCUUUUGCAACCGGAUCCUUUGUUCAAGUACUACAUCACGUGUUGCCUUCUGAUGCUAUGCUUGAUAAUGACUAUCAAUGGACUGACCACACACUGGUUUUACCAAUUCAAAUGGUAUGCGAUAUUAUUGCUCGCUAUUUUGUUAAUCUUUUUAGUAAUAAUGCAGCCCUUGUCUUGGUUUCAAUUUGUAUGGACAAAACAUAAAGGCAUAGAUGAGCCUAGAAAUAAAUGUAUCCGAUGGAUAUACGAUUUAUCAUUGGCCAUAAUAAGGUGUCCGAAGAUAAGAACUGGCACAUAUUUGAUUAUAAGUCUGGGUCUUGCUGGAACUUCAAUGAUAAACGUUAUUGCAUGUACUGAAGUAAAAGUGGAUCCGGCUUUUGAAAGUGUUCUAUCCAACUGCUUGUCCUCUUGGCAUGUUACGCAGUGCUGGAGUUUAGCACUGCUCUUGAACUUCUUGUUCAGCAGAGUUUUCUUUAUUUUCAAAUGGAUUGUUGCUGGUUUGAUGACUUUAUUUUAUCUCUGGAUUGUUUGGGAAAUCAAAUCAUGCCUCUUUUCUGUCGACUCUACUUGGAAUGUCGGAUUAGAUCCAAGGGUGUCCCAUACACUUUCAGUGGUAAUAAUAACUAUGACUUUAUACUGGAUUGAUAGAACAACAGAAUAUAGACAUCGAUUAGAUCAUUUAUGGCAAAUACAGCUGAGUGAAGAACAAGAAGAAGCCGAGACUAUGUUGAAAGUGAAUAAUAUGCUGCUGGAAAACAUUCUGCCUGCACAUGUUGUGCAGGUAUAUUUGGAUUUAAAUAGAUCCCUGGAUGAAUUAUAUUAUGAGAAAUACGACAAUGUAGCUGUUAUGUUUGCUUCAUUAACAGAAUAUAAAUUAGGAUUAGAAGAUGAUGCAGAGUUGAGCGAUAAAUUUCUCCUAAGCAUACUUGACGAAGUAAUAUCAGAUUUUGAUCGGCUCCUUCUUACUGGUUCAUCCAUACACAAAGUUGAGAAAAUAAAAAUUGCGGGUUGGACGUACAUGGCAGCUUGUGGGCUAGACCCGAAUCGACGUGAUUCAUUCGAUUCUUAUGCUUCGAUUGUUGAUAGAAGUAAAAAUACUCCUUACAAUCGAUCAAUAGUUGUCACGAUGGUCGAGUUUGCUGCAGCUAUGAUGAUGCAGUUACAGAACUUCAAUCGUGGCUCGUUUCAAAGUUUUGAAGGAUUGAAUCUUAGAAUAGGUAUAUCAAACGGCGAAGUUGCAGCGGGUGUGGUCGGCUCGCUUAAACCGCUGUACGAUAUUUGGGGUAACGCAGUCAACAUGGCCUCCCGCAUGGACUCUACAGGAGAAUCGGGCCGCAUCCAAGUAACAGAAAACACAGCCAAAAUCUUAGAGGAAUGCGGAAUACUUACACAAUGUCGUGGCGAAGUAUUAAUAAAAGGACGGGGCUUAAUAAAAACAUAUUUUGUGCCCCUUGACGAUGAAUUCAAUCUUGUAAAGCAAAAUAUAUGUAACUUAGACUACUUCAAGUACAAUGAAAAAGGGGGGCCAUAUGAAGCUCGAACUACUUUACUUAGUGGUGCUUCAGAAGAAACUGGUAUUUUUGAAUCUACCUCACAAAACUCCACUUUCCAUAUAGGUGAUGUCCCAUCAGACUGUGAAAAUUCAAGCGAAAAUUUUGAAGAGGAUAAUUUUAAAAACUUUAGAAAGUUAAAUAGGUCGAUAAGUGAAUUAGAAGAUAUGGAAAAUAUAAGUCCCACGUCUCAAAGGGAUAAUCUGAGUGAAUUGUAUACAGAAACGGAUAUAAUGGAAACUCGUUGUUAAUAUUUACUUUAUAUAAGCAUUGUGAUUGUUUGAUUUCGAAUGUUGUUUUAUGU